AUGAGAGGCAAAAAAAAUGAAUCUGAGAAGCUUCACGUUUUAGAUUCCCACAAAAGAGUUAACUUUCUUCAUCAAAGCGCUGUCCAAAUUUCUAUGAAAAGUUCGAACAAUAAUGAUAGUUAUUCUAAGAUAUCACGGGUGAUUUGUAAACAUAUAAGGGAGAUUUUAAAUACAGAAAGAGUCAAAGUGAGCCCUGAUUUCAAUAGAACUAUUUGUAAAAAGUGUAGACAAAUGCUGGUAUCUAAGACUCCUAGAUGCGAACUCAAACUAAUACAGAAGAAGGUUUUGCAACGGAAGUGUCUUCACUGCCAGAACACUCAGAAUUAUGAGAUUAAUAAAACGUAUCUUUCAAGAAACGAGAAGGCUAAAAUGGAAAACAAAAUCACACCUCAAUAA